CAUCCCUUAUUCCACUUAUCCCACCUUCCAACCACCCCUUGGAACGAUGUUCCGCAACACAUACGAUUCCGACAACACCGUCUUCUCGCCACAAGGCCGUCUGCACCAAGUCGAGUAUGCGCUCGAGGCCGUAAAGCAGGGGUCUGCAGCCAUCGGGCUACGGUCCAAGACACAUUGUGUACUCUUGGCUUUGAAGCGCUCGACGGGCGAGCUUGCGUCGUAUCAGCAGAAGAUGUUCCGCAUUGACGAUCACGUCGGUAUUGCGAUCGCAGGGCUCACGUCCGAUGCGCGAGUAUUGAGUAACUUCAUGCGCCAACAAGCCAUGGCUUCAAGAAUGAUUUUCAACCGACCAGCACCCGUCAACCGCCUCGUAUCCGCCAUCGCAGACAAGGCACAGGUCAAUACGCAGGAAUACGGGCGCCGCCCAUACGGCGUCGGCUUCCUCGUCAUCGGACAGGACAGCACUGGUCCACACCUCUUCGAAUUUUCGCCUUCGGGCACGUCGUUCGAGUAUUAUGCCAUCUCGAUCGGCGCGCGUAGCCAGAGCGCAAAAACAUACCUCGAGAAGCACUACGAGUCCUUCGCAUCCUGCUCAUUGGACCAACUCAUCACGCACGGACUCAACGCCCUCCGCGAAACCCUUCAACAAGACAAAGAGCUCACUGCCCUUAACAGCUCUAUCGGCGUCGUGGGCCCGCCGAUGCCCACAGAGAAGGGCGUCUCGCCCGAAGGCCCGUUCCGCAUCCUCGACUCCGAAUUCGUGACCAGCUACAUCGCGUCGCAGUCGGCCACGCAAGGGGCGCUUGGUGCGGCACUCCAGCAGUUGGAGCAAGGGGCAGCGGCGCCGGCGGAGGGCGACGAGGACGUGGAGAUGGAGCUGUAGAUGUUGCGAUGGGAAAGGAAAUGUAGCUCAAUAGCAUCGAUGACGACGGAGAGGCGCUUCGUGUACGCUCCUGUCAGCAGUUCGUGGGUUUGUGUGUCAAUGCCAACAUCAAAAGACCAGAUUUUCGGAAUUCC